CAAUUCCAAGCUCCCAAACAACUCUCUACCACAGAAUUUAUUCAUUCAUCCAGGGUUCAGGUUCUGUCGACGGUCUCUGCAUUUCCGGGACUUUGCAAGCAAUCCCCUGUCUGCGAUUUUCGAGUUCCCAAACAGUUAACUCCAUUUCUGGUCGUGGGAUGGACAGUGAGGCGAAUACAAAGUUAACUGAAUUGGCUGACAAAGGUUCUCAAAUUUUCUUGGAUUUCAUGACACGGAUUACAAAAUUCGAGGAGCUGGUGGCAUUGGGAAGUAGGUUGCUUGUUGGGUUUCACCAAGAGCUAGAGUGUUUUCGAAGGCCUCCACUACAUGAGACAUCUAAAGUGGCUGGCAGCAUUAUUGAAGCCAAUCACACUGAAAGGUUGAAGGCCUAUGUUGAAGCUGGAUGUAGACAUGUUCCUGUUGCUAUACAAAAUACAAUCAAGUUACAGGCAUUCCAACAUGGACUUCAAGACCACAUAACCAAAGCGAAAGUGGUUCUAGAUGAACUUGAACGCCUCACGGAGGAUGUGAUUGGUAUCAUGGAGGCUGCCAAUGGAAAUAUUCUAGAUAUUGUGGGUAACCUUUCUGGCGAUCGCUUGGUACAUCACACAACUUGUUUUGAAAAGGGGGAGACCGAAACAGGCUGCCGUCGGGGCUUACGAAUUUCAGAGUAUGCAAUCACAAUGAGAAUAAUUUACAACAUGAUGAAGCGUGACUGUGAAAUGCAGGAAAAAAUUGUUACAUCUCUCGAUUAUAGCUCAUCAUCUGAACACCUGGAAAACUACUGCCUGAUGUGGGAUUUGCGGCCGUUCAUAGAUGAUGACAUCAUGCAUCAAGCUUGGGGAUAUAUUCCAUAAGUGCGACUGGUCAUGAGAAGCAAUUCAAUUUUUGUAGGAAAAGGUGAUGCCAGCUGUCAUUCCAUUAAGGCACGAAGCUGGAUUAAAUUUUGAUAAAUUCAAAUUGUAAUCAGAAACUAAUUUCACAAGGAUUGCAAUUUGACAAUGGACAUUUUGUGUCCACUGCAUCAUGAAACUUGUACUCUGACGGCCGUGUUCGGUGGGAACCUAUGGUCCUACCCUAGUGUAUGUUGUGUUUGACU